AAGGAAAAGAAAAACAUAGAUUGAUUUUGUGGGGAGAUUUGAAGAAGAUCAAAGAUAGGGAGGAGAAAGGAAGAGAGUAGAGGAUGUUGGCAGGGUGCUCAUCGGCGCUGCUAACGCAGAGGCAUCGACUGAGAAGUGACGACGCUGCUACAGCGCCGUUGAUCCAAGCCUGCCAUUUCCAGUUGCAAGACAAGAUGAGCGCCCAGCAGUUCAACCUCCCCUGUAGUUUCUCGCGCAAAGAAUCAGCAAGAGUUUCGCUUUCUCUAGAGAAGCCGGCCGACACCAGGAGCACUUGUUCGUUUAGACAGAGUAGUAUAGCACCAACUUCAGCAUCGCUUGUAGCACAAACAACAUCAUGGGAGUCAAGAAGAGAAGUAGAAGGAGAUGAAGGGUUCUGGGAUAGAGGAGGAAAGAGCUUGAAGAGAUGUUAUGAUAGAAGUUCUUCGGAGGAUUCAACAUGCUUUGAUAGAUCCAAGAGGAAGAGAACGUUAGGGAGUGAAGCUUGUUUAGUCUACGGAGGCGGCGCCGGCGGCGCUGGAGGAGGAGAAGAGUUUUGGUUCCCGAGGUCGAUAAAUGAGCCAUCUUUCGUCGGAGAUGAGAAGGUUUGCUUCGUGCCAAAUGCCACGAAUGCAUUGCUGGGAGCUCUGGGAAUGGAGAUGGUGGGGGAGAUGGAAGUGGGUACCAGUGGAGCUGGAGCUCUAGAGAGGUCGAACCCGGACUCGAGUUCCUCGUCGGACACUCAUGGUUCAUCGCCGAAGCCCAAUGAUGAUUCAUCGGAGAAUGAGAGUGGCAAUGGUGCUAGAAUUUCUAACCCUUCUGGCGGCGUCGCCAGAGCAGCGACGGCGGCGGAGAACAACCAAACAGAGCAGCAGAGUUUUGAGCUCGUCAGCUUGCUCACGGACUGCGUGGAAGCUAUCAGUGGUAGUAAUCACACUGCCAUUAACUACUACUUAGCUAGACUUGGAGAGCUGGCCACUCCGACAGGCUCUCCGGUUCACCGGCUCGCCUCAUACUUCACCGAGGCAUUGGCAUUGCGAGCAGCCAAGCUCUGGCCUCAUAUCUUCUUCAUCGCCCCACCGCGAGAAAUCGCCGACCAAUUAGUAGAUGAUGAAGACGAUGCCACUGCCUUUCGGCUUCUCAACCAUGUCAGCCCAAUCCCAAAGUUCCUCCAUUUCACACUGAAUGAGAGGCUGCUCAGAGUCUUUGAAGGCAAGGACCGAGUUCACAUCAUUGACUUUGAUAUCAAACAAGGACUUCAAUGGCCAGGCUUGUUCCAGAGCUUGGCUUCCAGGCCUAAUCCUCCCAGCCAUGUUAGAAUCACUGGCAUUGGAGAAUCUAAGCAAGAUCUUCAAGACACUGGUGCAAGGCUUGCAGGUUUCGCAGAAGCGUUGCACCUUCCAUUUGAGUUUCAUCCUGUUGUGGAUAGACUUGAAGACGUGAGGCUCUGGAUGUUGCAUGUCAAGGAACGCGAGUUUGUUGCAGUGAACUGUGUUCUUCAGCUGCACAAGGCCUUGUAUGACGAGAAUCGCGCAGCUUUGAUGGACUUGUUGGGUCUCAUUCGUAGCACAAACCCUGCUGUUUUACUUGUUGGAGAGCAAGAAGCUGAUCACAAUGAGCAGAGAUGGGAGACCAGGUUUGCCAACUCCUUCAAGUACUAUGCUGCCAUCUUUGAUUCACUGGACUUCAGUUUGCCAGUAGAUAGCCCAGCCAGGAUCAAGAUUGAGGAGAUGUUUGCUAGGAAGAUCAGGAACAUAGUUGCAUGUGAGGGGAGUGAGAGAGUGGAGAGGCAUGAGACGUUUACCAAAUGGAGAAGGUACUUGGAGGAUGGUGGUUAUAGGUGUAUUGGUUUUGGACAAAGGGAGACACUACAGAGUAGAAUGCUGCUAAGGAUGUACUCAUCGGAGAAUUACAGUAUAGACAAGGAGGAUGCCGGAGAUGACGGCGACGCCGCCGGCCUCACUCUCAAGUGGUUGGACCAGCCUCUGUACACAGUGUCUGCAUGGGCGCCAUUGGACAUUGCAGGAAGCUCUUCUACUUCACAGCCAGGUUGAUGAUGGUUAUACUCUCUGGUUUGCUUUUCUCUACAUCUCUUGAUUCUUUCUUCAAUACAAACAUGAAAGUUUACAUAAUCUCAUAUAUUUAAUUCUUUAAUUCUUUUGUUGCUGAGGCUCAGCAAAAGGACUUCUUCUUCUUCUUAUUCUUCUUCCAAAGGCUGCUUACCCCUCGUCUAAAAGCUUCCAUUAGUCACAGUUGCUGUCAGUAGUGUUACAAGGAGUCUAAUUGUGUCUAUUUUUUCUUUUUUUUUCUUUUUCUUUUUUGUUUUAUUUCAUAUGUAAGAAGGGAACAAACAUCAUAUGUUCUUCAUUCUUUGUUUAUCUUGUCAUUCUUUUAGGAUAUGUUCUUCUUUUUAAAGGAAUUACAAUGAAUACUGUUGAUCAUGA